UUCUGAACCUUCACUAUUUCACUUGGUUUCAUUGCAAAUGGCUGCUAUGAAGUUUUUCCUUUUAAUUUGUAUAGUGUCCACCUUUAGCCAAAAGAAGUAUGUAUCUGCUCUUCAAAGUGAUCAGGUAUUGUGGGCUCUUCCACAGUCAGACAGACAAGUUGAGUUCCUCCAGAAUUUGACCACUACUUUUAAGAUUGUGCUUUGGCAACCUGAUUCACCCAAGAACAUCAUGAAGUACAAAGAGGUACAUUUCUAUGUCAACGUCUCUGAUAUAAGUGGUGUGAAAGCUGCACUUAACCGAUCUACCAUUCUAUACAAAGUUUCACUGGAAGAUGUUCACAAAAUUAUUGAGGCACAAACUACCAAUGACACAGCCACCCCACGUAGCUCUGCAUCAUACUUUGAACAAUAUCAUUCUCUAAAAGAAAUAUACUCCUGGAUGGAAGAACUAGCUGCACGACAUACUGAUAUCAUCCAAAAAAUACACAUCGGGGAUUCCUAUGAGAAACGACCACUUUAUAUUUUGAAGCUUUCUAACAGAGAUAAAACACCAAAAAAUGCAAUUUGGAUAGAUUGUGGUAUCCAUGCUAGGGAAUGGAUUGCUCCUGCCUUUUGUCUAUGGUUCAUAGGACAUGCAACUCAGCAUCUACAGCAAGAUGAUACAAUGGCAAGACUUCUACAGCACCUUGAUUUCUACAUCAUGCCAGUAAUGAAUGUGGAUGGCUAUGAGUACACAUGGACGACAAAUCGAAUGUGGAGAAAAAGCCGCUCGCUGCAUGGCAACAACAGAUGCACUGGGACAGACUUGAACAGAAAUUUUGAUGCAGGCUGGUGUGGCAAAGGUGCAUCUAAUGAUGACUGUGAAGAGACAUACUGUGGACCUUACCCUGAAUCUGAGCCAGAAGUAAAAGCUGUGGUUAAUUUUCUCAAAAAGCGCAAGAAUCAUAUUAAAGCAUAUAUAACAAUGCACUCCUACUCCCAGAUGGUUCUGUUUCCAUAUUCCUUUACUAAAAAUAAAAGUAAAGAUCAUGAUGAGCUGCAAUUUGUGGCAAACAAAAUAGCUCAUGCUAUUAAAGUUAAACAUCAAAAUCGCUAUCUGGCAGGCUCUGGUGCACAAACCAUCUAUUUAGCUCCAGGAGGUUCAGAUGACUGGGCUUACGACCUUGGUAUAAAGUAUUCUUUCACCUUUGAACUGCGGGACAGAGGAAGAUACGGAUUCUUGCUUCCUCAGCGUUUCAUUAAACCAACUUGCUAUGAAGCACUUACUGGAAUCAAAAUAAUAGCUUCACACGUUAUUAGAAACAUGUGAAACUCAUUGUUUUCCAUUUAGCAUUGCACAAUAUAUAGUAUCCGUUAACUUACAUGGCCAAUAGGGCAGCCUAAUUCAAGAUGCUUAGUGUUUUAAUUUCAGUAACAGUUGGAUCCUCCCAUGUACUUAUCCCAUGUCUUUAUGCAAUAUAAAUAUGAUGUCUAGAAUUUAUUUCCUUCACAUGGCUUUAUAAAUAAAUUGAAAUACAAAUUG